AUGACGCAGCUCUUCAACUCGUCCACAUCAAGCCACUCCACCAUGGCCGAAAAGACGGAGAAACGCACCUUCUCGGGCAAGGCGCUGUCCACCAAUAAGUCAGUCAAUCCAAAGGACGGCCAGGUCUCGCAGCGCAUCAAGAACUUUUUCCGCAUCAACAGCAGCAACGACGCCAACAAGUCUUCCGACGAUGGCAGCACAAACUCCAAGAACGAAAAGUCGGGGUUCCGCCAAUCGCGGUUCAUUCCCCACAUCUCGCGCAAUCGCUCCCAGACCGUCGCCAGCGAAGGCAACCCCCUGGAUGACAGCGUGUCGCCCACCGCGCACGCAAACCCGUACUUUGCCCACCAAGGACCGCCCGCGCUGCGUCAUCACAAUGCAGGCAGCGUGCCUCCAUCACCCCCAGACACCCCCGCAAUGCCCAAGACGCAAGUAAAUGGCGCAGCGACUACCGACGAUCACGCCACAACAGCUGGGAAAGAGGAAUUGGCUAGGAAACUACGAAGGGUGGCUUCCGCACCCAAUGCCCAAGGUCUCUUUUCUUCGGGAAAGAAUACUGAUAGGCCACAGACUGCAGAACUCGGCAAGCAGCCUGUAUUACACCACCCCAACUCGUCCACCCUGAGCAUGGUCGAGACGAAUACCCAGGAUCCGACUCACCUCCUACCCAUAGAAGCUGGCAAACCCAUACCCUCGGCAGGCCAAAUCCGACAAUCUGUGGCUUUCAGGAGAACCUACAGCUCGAAUUCCAUCAAGGUCCGCAACGUCGAGGUUGGACCGGGAAGCUUCGACAAGAUCAAGUUGAUCGGCAAAGGCGAUGUCGGAAAGGUUUACUUGGUGCGGGAGAAGAAGUCCAGCAGACUAUAUGCUAUGAAGGUGUUGAGCAAAAAGGAGAUGAUCAAGCGAAACAAGAUCAAGCGCGCAUUGGCUGAGCAGGAAAUCCUGGCCACCAGCAACCACCCCUUUAUUGUUACUCUCUACCACUCUUUCCAGUCCGAAGACCACCUCUACCUCUGCAUGGAAUAUUGCAGUGGUGGUGAGUUCUUCCGAGCGCUCCAAACACGACCAAACAAGUGCGUUGACGAAGAUGCUGCGCGAUUCUAUGCAGCUGAAGUCACGGCUGCGUUGGAAUACCUCCACUUGAUGGGCUUCAUUUACCGAGACCUGAAGCCAGAGAACAUCCUCCUCCAUCAGUCUGGGCACAUCAUGUUGUCAGACUUCGAUCUGUCGAAACAGUCGGAACCCGGCGGUCGCCCGACCAUGAUCCUCAGCGGCCGAAGCGGUACUUCCUCGAACAACCUACCAACCAUCGACACGAAAUCAUGCAUAAACAAUUUCCGAACCAACUCGUUUGUCGGAACCGAGGAAUACAUUGCGCCAGAAGUCAUCAAGGGCUGUGGACAUACGAGUGCGGUCGAUUGGUGGACCCUUGGCAUAUUGAUCUACGAGAUGUUGUACGGAACUACGCCUUUCAAGGGCAAGAACCGCAACGCGACGUUUGCCAACAUUCUUCGAGAUGAAGUGCCCUUCCCCGAGGGUUCUGGUGCGCCGCAAGUGUCAAAUCUCUGCAAGGCCAUCAUUCGCAAGCUUUUGAUCAAGGACGAGACUAGGCGACUUGGAUCCCGUGCCGGCGCUUCCGACAUCAAGACGGCACCUUUCUUCAAGACGACGUCAUGGGCCCUACUACGGCACAUGAAGCCACCGAUCGUCCCUCACCAAGGCCAAGGUGUCGAGACACCCAACUUCCGGAACGUUAAGGAGUCCCAGAGUGUUGACAUUGGCGCCGCGAGAGUCAAGGGCGUCCCGCUAGACUCUGGUCUCGCUACGCCGAUGGGCGAGUUGGCAGAUCCGUUUGAGGAGUUCAACAGCGUUACUCUGCACCACGACGGAGACGACCAUCACCAUGAAGACCAACACUCGUCGCAUCUUCACCUCACACAAACCAACUCACAACGAUAG